UUAGCCACCAAAAGCUAAAGAGACUCCCACAGAAAUGUUCUUUCAAAUCGCCACCCUGCUAGCCCUACUGGCCUCCUCCUAUGGAGCCGUGCUACCCAUGGGCCUGGAGCCACUGUCCCCGCUGAGUGGCAGGAUCGUGGGCGGAACGAAGACCACGAUUGCAGACCAUCCGUGGCAGGUGUCGCUGCAGCGGUCGGGCUCCCACUACUGCGGCGGAUCCAUCAUCAGCAACACCAUCAUUGUGACCGCCGCCCACUGCCUGCUGACCCCGAUCACGGCCUCCGUCCUCAAGGUGCGAGCGGGCAGCAGCUACAGGAGCCUGGGCGGCUCCCUCGUCCAGGUGGCCGCCUUCCGGGUGCACGAGGAAUACAGCACCAGCACGAAGAUGAACGACAUCGCAGUGGUUCGCCUGAAGACCAAGCUCACUCUCGGCUCCACCAUCAAGACCAUCCCGCUGGCCACCUCCGCGCCCGCCCAUGGAGCAGCGGCGAGCAUUUCCGGCUGGGGAACGACCUCGUUCUCUGGAUCCUCCUCCUCCCAGCUGCUGUACGCCGACACGCGCAUCGUCGGACGUGGCGAGUGCGCCAGCUCCAGCUAUGGCUAUGGAGGCACCGUUCGGGAGACAAUGAUUUGUGCGGCGGCCGCCAACAAGGAUGCCUGCCAGGGUGACUCGGGCGGACCGCUGGUAUCUGGGGGCCAGCUCGUGGGCGUCGUCUCCUGGGGCCGCCAGUGCGCCCUCGCCAAUUAUCCCGGAGUCUAUGCGGAUGUGGCGGCGCUCAGGCAAUGGCUGCUGGCAGCCCAAAAGACGGUCUAGUGCGGCAAUAAAAUCUCUUCUCAAAUGCAA